AUGGUGGGUUUCCCUGAGGAUGUGGACAUCUACAAGCGAUAUGCUGAAGAUGGCAAGGCUGGAAAACUCAACCCUACGUCUACCCCUGCCCCUGUCUUCAAGCCCAAGCUUAAAUCCAAGCUCAAGCCCGCACAAGGCGACGUCAGCAAGACCAAUAACACAAUGAAGCCAACUAACCAAAUCUCCAGAUUUCAGUGGAGCCCGCGCCUUCCAAACGACAAGCUGAGUCAUCCCUUGAAAGUGGGCGACGAGCCCCGAAUGCCGGGGUAUAUCAAAAUCUCAAUUCAGAAUCCGACAUAA